CAGUUGAACAUGUCUACUAGAGAGGAUUCGAUAGCGUGUGCACCGGCAUGCCAGGGGUUUCUGAAGAAGAGGAAAGAUAAGAUGAGGCUCAGGUGGGUUACUUACUGGUUCGAGCUUUACAACUCAACCCUUUUCUUCUACAAUAAAGAACAUGGAAGCUCUUCUGACCUCAGAGGAAAGUAUUACCUUACUGAGGUCGAGUCUGUGCGUGAGAUGAUGCGGACUAAAAAACAAAACUAUAGUUUUGAGAUCACUAUGAAAAAUGGGAAGAGGAAAGUCUUGGCUGCAGAAACAGCAGAUCUCAGACAGCUGUGGAUGUGCCAGCUUUUGCAGGCGAUGAACCAUCGUGUGUGUAACACCACCAAGCCAAACACUAACAGUGGGACUACACCAAAUUCCAAGUACAGAACUACAUCCAGCCCCUGCAGUGUGUUCAGUAAUGCUCAGCCAGAGGCGAGUCAUACUCUGGUCAUGAGGCAUCACUUUGCUGAGCCUGUUUCCUAUCUAUGGUCUCCCAGUGUGCACUCUGCUGCUGUAAUACCAACUGCAUGCUCACAGAAUUACAUUGAUGUUGACGUGUCAUACGCUGCCAGCAGUCAGUGCACAGAGCAUGAAGUCAUGCAGAAGGCUGAACUCGAGGACGAUUACGAUGUCCUGCCACCUUGCAAACCCCUACAUACUGAGGAACCCAUUUAUGAUACACCUCGAUCAAACCGGCUUGUCAGUGAGGCAGAAUACGAAACGAUUGAAAACAUCUAUGAUGUCCCAAAGUAUGCCUUUAGGAAAAUGUCAGCGAAUGAAGCCUCCUGUGCUAAAGAACUUCCUGAGAUCUCAGGUCUCCUCCAUGAAAUGAUGAUAUGUUUAGGAGGAAACUCUGCAGAUUUAUUUAGAGUGACGGCUCCAGGAACCAUCUGUCAUCCUUAACACUGUAAAGACAUUCAGUUGAUUGUGAUGGACUUCAGACAGCACACUGGACCAUGGACCUGGACCAUGUUUAGAUGGUGCCAUGUUCACGCUGCAUGUUAAUUAGCUGCCGCAUGUCAAGUACUUUUUUUUUUUUUUUUAAUAAAUGCUAUUCAUAGAGCUGAGAACUUGAGCCCACCACCAAGAAGCUGACAUUUGCUGUAAGAUGCUGUUUAUGUUAGAAUUCCACUUUUGUACAUACAUUACACACUGCUCAUGUAUCUGGAUGUUAUCCACACAGAUACACGGUUGAAGUGAUGGAGAUAAUGCUGUUAUACCUGUCGUCCUAACGCUGUGUCUCAUCAAGUAGUUCUGCUCCUCAGGAAAAGUAGCAGAAUUAUACAUAAAUAUCAUGAAAAUGAUUUUGACUUCAAAUUAAAAAGUAGAAACAUCUGGUUACAAA